AUGGUGGGUGCAAAGGCUGUUACAGGCCCCAGCACUUCCGUCCGCCUGGCACAACGCACUGAAGUCAGCAGUGUCAUGGUGAAUCCUCCCUUCUACCAGGUGUCCUGCUGUGGGCCUAUUCCCUGUACCUGCUGCUGCCAUUCUAGAUGGCCCCUUGUCACAGAGUCUACUUGUAGCCGUCUGGUCUACAUCCUCCUCCAUGUGGGGUCCUCAGCAGUCUGCUGCCUCCUGCUGUCAAGGACAGUAGUGGAAAGGGUCUGGGGGAAGGCACAUGCGAUCCAGAUGCCCUCAGGAUUGUGUGCCCAUCUGUUUGGCCACCCUCACUGCCCAGUGCUCAGUGGCUCUGGAGCUGUGUACCGAGUAUGUGCAGGAACUGCCACCUUCCACCUGCUGCAGGCUGUGCUGCUAGUCCAGCUUCACUCCCCCACUAGCCUACGUGCACAGCUCCAUAACAGCUUCUGGCUCUUCAAACUGCUGUUCCUGCUAGGUCUCUGUGCUGUUGCCUUCUGCAUCCCUGAUGAGCAUCUCUUCCCAGCCUGGCAUUACAUUGGCAUCUGUGGAGGCUUCACAUUCAUCCUGCUACAGUUGGUGCUUAUCACAGCCUUUGCCCAUUCCUGGAACAAAAACUGGCAGACCGGUGCAGCCCAAGACUGCCGCUGGUUCCUAGCUGUACUGCUGGCCACCCUGGGAUUCUACAGCAUGGCAGGUGUGGCAGCUGUGCUCCUGUUCCGCCACUACACACACCCAGCUGGCUGCCUGCUCAACAAGAUGCUGCUUAGUCUACACCUUUGUUUCUGUGGCCUCCUCUCCUUCCUCUCCGUCGCUCCCUGCAUCCGUCUCAAGCAACCCCGUUCUGGCCUUCUACAAGCCUCCAUCAUCAGCUGCUAUAUCAUGUACCUGACUUUCUCUGCAGUGUCCAGCCGUCCUCCAGAGAGUGUAAUCCUUCAAGGACAAAAUCACACUUUGUGCUUGCCUGGCCUGAGUAAAAUGGAAUCGCAAACACCAGAUACUUCUCUGGCAGUGCUAAGUGCUGGCAUCAUGUAUAUUUGUGUCCUUUUUGCUUGCAAUGAGGCUUCCUACCUGGCUGAGGUAUUUGGACCCCUAUGGAUUGUCAAGGUUUACAGCUGUGAGUUCCAGAAGCCCUCACUCUGUUUCUGCUGCCCUGAAACAGUGAAACCAAAGGAAGGGCAGAGGGGUGGGGCUGCCAGGCCAGCUGACCAAGAGACCUCUCCAACUCCUCCAGUGCAAGCCCAGCCUCUCUCCUACAGCUAUUCUGCCUUCCAUUUUGUCUUCUUCCUUGCAUCACUCUAUGUUAUGGUUACCCUUACCAACUGGUUCAGCUAUGAGGGAGCAGAACUGGAAAAGACCUUCAUCAAGGGUAGCUGGGCUACCUUCUGGGUCAAGGUUGCCUCGUGCUGGGCCUGUGUACUCCUCUAUCUUGGGCUUCUACUGGUACCACUCUGUUGGUCCCCCACCCAGGACUCCCAGCCACCUUCUACUUUCAGGCGACACUGCCAUCGCAUAAAUACUGCAAGAUAA